UCUUCAGAGGAGGAGUGUGUGUAUCAGGAGGAGGUCAUGAACUCCUCCAGGCUGCUCUCUCCUUCUGCCCUUUGGACCUUCGGCUGAUAACAGUCCGAUAAUCCUGAUCAGAGGGAGGAAUGAUGAGGCGGUGGGCUGCUCUCUGUCGGCGGCACUCAUGAAGGCGUUAUAAACAUUUUUAAAGACCUCUAAGUGGACUUUACAGACAUGGUAAGCUCUUCAAAACAAACUCAGACAACAGGAAAACGUUAAAAGUUAACAGCGUGUGUAUUAGAAUAACUUUAUCACGUUAGCUGCCUUUAGCAUAGCUCCUGUUAGCAAAGUUUCGAUGUGCUUUCACCACUUUACCUUCAGGGUCUCUUCGAGGACUCGGAAUUCUUAAGGAGGGCGGUCGGAGAUUUAAAGAAAGGAAACAGGAUUAAAUCAUCAUUAUCUCACCUAACACAUAUGUAAACUGUUAUAAUCAUUUGGAACUAUAAGGUAAAGUUUGUACAAAUUAAAUUAUAGUUUUUAAACCAACGCUAUCCUCCGAACCACAGUCUUAACCUGAGGGAGCCUUUAAGCAUUAUUUUCGUUUGGAGAAAUCAGUUGUCCGAUUUUUCCAAUAUCAAGUGAAUGCAUACCAAUUUAACGUUUUUAACGCUUACUGCAGUUACUACACUUUGAGGCUAAAUAUUGUCGGUAAUAUACACUUUAUGACCUUACAGCAUCAUUUUACAGGAGUGUUUUAAUUAGAGACAGUAAGUAGCGUCUUUAGGGUUAGGGUCAGCUGUGGGAAAUGACAUAAUUCAAAGAUUUAAAGAGUUUAUUCAUCGUUGCUACACGAUGUUAUUAUCUAAAAAAGGUUAUUUUCCGGCAAAUUUCGAGAAAAACUUGGAUUUUUUGUUUAUGUAUUGGAUAAAUAACGACAUUACACUGUCAUGGGUAAAAGUCAUACAUUUUUCAGAACAAGUUACAGUCCAUAAGUAAGAGCAGAUAUAGGGGAGACCGGGAUAGGUUGUUACACUUUUUAAUGAUCUGUGCUAACCCUCCUCCUGUGUUAGGGUCUGCUUAAAAUGCUUAAAAGAACCACUUAAAUCUGCUUUUUUUGCAACAAGACUUUUUGGCUCUGUCAGGAACCUCGAUUUUAACAAAGUAAAAAAAUUAAAUUGACUAAAUUAUAAAAUGCUCUUAUUAAAAUUAUGGCACUUGUCGUGUUAGGGUCGCUGUUGACCUGGUUAGAUCAAUACUAAUGAUUAGAGCAAAAACUGGAUUCUUAUUUUGCCUGUUUUUUCCUGCUCAAAAAACAACAUCAGGCAUGUCCGGACAUGUGAGAUCAGUUCAGUAGAUGUCUGUGUGAGGAGUAAAGAAAGGCCCAGAGGACCACAACUAAAACUAUUAUCAUCAAUAUUUUCAUGGAUAAUGAAGCCGAACAGGGUAACCUAGAGAUGAGAAUCAAAUUAGAUGAUAGAGAAUUGUUUUUAAUUUACAGCUGAUUUAAGACUCGGGUCAAAACCAACCCCUAACAUGGUAAAAGCGAACACAGGAGGAAGGUUGAGUCUCUCUGCGGUCAUUCUUAAUUUUUAACAAGGUAUGAUUAACUUGGUAAUAUCCACGAUGAGGUCUAACAUCUGUGAAGUAGAUGUAUUUACAGUACCAACACUGUGAGCGUACAUACUCUCAGUCCUUUGUAUUAAUCUCAGGAAGAGGGUGCGUGUGUGUUUCCUCUCAUUAAUGCGCUCCGCUCACUGAGUCCAUUGUUAAAAUCUGCAGAGAGAGAGAGAGAGAGAGAGAGAGAGGGACCAGGCCACAUUUCAAAGACUGGAGGAAACUGAAAGAAAACUUUUUAAUAAUGACGUAUUUUACAGAGAGAUUGGCUCACACCCCGUCUGUGGUUUUAAGAGAGAAGUUCAGGAUUCUGUGAUUCACCGUCACCUCGGCAUGUAGGCGGCUCCCGGCUCUGCAAUGAGCGUCACUGAGAAGGUCACUAAUAACAGAUAACAUCGUCUCUACCAACAGUCUAGGAAAGUUUGACAGUGCUGCUGAAAACUGAGCUCUUAUCAGCUCCAGGAUCUGUUUACCAUCAGUUAAUGUUUCCCCUUUUUAUUCCAGUCACGGAAGUCCUGGAUUGAGGAAACCUUCUUCAAGAGAGAGUGUGUGAAGUUUAUCUCCCCCUCUCGGGACAUACACAGGUAAACUGGAGCCUGAGUGAAUUGAAGAGCCUCCAGAAGUAAAAGUUUUGAUGAUCCUCAGAAGGACUACAAAUAUUAGAGUUUAUUAAGACAGAAUGUGGUUUAAUUAUAGCACCAGUCAGAACUAUUUGGCUCUCAGCCCUUCCUUCCAGGAAUAGAGACCAUGUGGAUUCUUUGCUAAUGUGUUAUUUCCUGUUUCUUACAGAUGUGUUCCAGUAUGCCAAGUAUGCCAAAGCUUGGUCAGGUAUGAUUUAUUAAUUAUGGAUUUUUUGAGUGUCUUUCCUCCUAAAAACAUCUACUUUCUUUUCAACAUCACCACACCCCCCAUUUCCAGAGAAGAGCUGGUGUUAUUGUUGGGGCUUUUUCCUCCUCCUCCCCUUCUACUUCACUGUUUCCUCUCUUCGCUUCCUGAGGUCUCUGCUGCUUUAUUGCCCAAUUUGGAAAUUUGUUGAUUGUUUCCAUGUGAGACGAGAUAAUGAACAUUUUAAACAUUUUUUUAGACCCCAAGGAGGUGCAUAAAUCAGUGAGAGAUGUGUGAAUCUGGUGCUCUGUCACACGUCACACCCACUGAGAUCAGAAGUCAAAGGAAGGGGAAGAGGAAGUGAUAGAGAGACAGGAAAACCGGAGGAAAUGAAGAACUGAACGAAGCUUCAGCUGAAUUACACCCAACAGUCCGACUUCAUCUGUGGGAGUUUUAUGAUAAAUGACCUUUCCUUUCAGCGUUUUAAGAAUGACAUCGAUAAUACUUAUCAGAAUGGGAAUAAUCACAACACUAAACUUCACAGUGUAUCAGCUGGAAAUACUCCAAAUACAUUCAAGGAUUCAAGGAACUCUAUUCGUCAUAUCCCACACCUUUGAUAGUCUGUGGUACGAAAUUAGUACACAGGUCAAUUUCCAAUAAAUAAAAAUGUAAUACAAUAGAUAAAAUAUAAUACAAUAACAAAGAGCAAAAUGCAAACAUGUUGAAGUAAGGCUGAAAAAGCUGAAAAUUCCUGUUUGUAAAGUGAUGUAGUGCAGGUUCAGGUUCAGGUUCAGACAGACAGAGAGAAGAAAACAGACCAAAAAAUAUGAGAAACAAUCUCAAAGAAUGACAGAAGUAAAAUCUGACUGAACAGAUUAAGAUGGAAAUUAAACUAAUUAGUUAGGCAGGAAUUAAAGGAGUGUAUAAAACAUUACAAAUACAGAGGACGGGCAACAAAUUUGACAUUAAGAUCACUUAUAAGAGGUAUCGGUGGAUAAAUGACCGAGCUUUAACUUUCUGUUGUAGAAUUUUAGAUACUUAAUUCUGAUUGGUCGAAGCCCUUGGCUAAAACGGUUAUGAAUCUGCAGAAGGAGCGACGUCAGAGACGAGCGGAUGAAACAGAUCACAUCAAGUCCACCCGCAGAAAGUAGUUCCAGGACGUUAAAGAUGUUGGUGAAUGAAGUCGAUCAGAAAACGUGAAUGAGAGAUCUACGAUACUGUGGUCAGAUGAUACUCUUCUGUCAUUGGUCAGAUGUUGUUGUGGCCGCCUGAUAGGGGAGCACUCAUGGGAGGGGUCUACUCGCCCCAUGACCCUCCAUCCUGGUCCUGGCCUGGACUGGGAGGAUUGGUCUGUAGAGCUCCACACCAAAGCCAGUCCCACCAACGCCUACGGGAUCGUGGACUUCGAGGACACGGCUACACGCGUCUGUCGAGCCAAGGUCAGUCAGCCCGCCAACGGUACAGCGUGUUGAGUGAUGAGUGUAAAUGUUGGGGAUCAGCUUCUGGGGUUUAAAGAAGUCUUCGUCAGAGAGCCUCAGCAGAUCUCUGUGGUUCCUCUUCAGUAUGUUCGAGUGGCCGUGGACUCGAGGCCGGACCUGCUGCUCCAGCUGAUGCUGAGGGAGUGGCAGAUGGAGAAACCCAAACUCCUCCUGACCGUCCAGGGGGGCUCUGAAAGCUUCACCCUGCCUCCUAAAGUGGAGCAGGCCUUCAGCAAAGGUCUCAUGACGGCCUCUCUGAGCACAGGGGCGUGGAUUCUCACUGACGGCAUCAACACAGGUGGGUGUUACACGUGCUGUAGGAGGAGUGUUUUCAGAUAGAGAUGUAACAGUGAGUAAGGUCGGGACAGUUUGAGUCGGGGGGUUUCUUGUUCCACAGAAACAGCAGAGAUGGUUUCAGUGUUUUGGAGAAGCUGUAGGGCGACAGUGAGGCCUGGUUAACGUGUUAACAUGUUUUCAGACACGUGAACACACCAGCCUCUCCUCAUCUGCUUCUCUUAGUACCUUAUGAGCCAACUCGCAGCCUCAGAUCCUCUGGCGAUGGCCUCCUAGUUGUUCCAAAGUCGAGGCUCAAAACUAAAGGUGAUGGAUCUUUCUCCAUCAGAGCUCCUCGACUUUGGAACGACCUGCCAGAGGAGAUAAGGCGAACAGCAGAGACAGUCGCUUCUUUUAAAUCAAUUUUAAAAACUCACUUUUACAAACUUGCUUUCAUGUGAUGCCGUCUUUUACCGUUUUUCUUUUUCUCCUUUUUACCUCUUUCUUAUUUAGACUUUUAGACUGUCCUUUUAGCCUUUGUUUUACUUAUAAUUUUUUCUUAUUUUAUCUCUCAGGUCCUUCAUUGAUUUUAAUGUUUUUUAUUUUAUUUAUUUAUUUUAUUUUAUUAUUUUUUUUUAUUCCACUUUAUCAUUUAUAUUACCAUCAUUAUUAUUUUAUUAUGAUUUUAUUAUUAUUAUUAUUAAUAUCCUCUUUUAUACUUACUAGCCUGUUUCCUGCCCUCCUUUUCUAUUUCAUUUUAUGUUUUUAUUUUGUCCUCAUGGUCCCAUUUAUUUUGUAGGGUUCUUGUAUUUUCUGGGUUUCUUACGAAACAAGAAACAGGCCUACAAUUCAGAGGACUUGUUUUUAACUGAGCUUUUGUUUUUAUGUGUUUUUUAUUUUCAUGUGCUGAUGUUCUGUGCUUACAGCUGUAGUCAAAGCACUUUGUAAACUUCUGUUUUUAAAGGUGCUUUAUAAACAAAGUUAUUAUUAUUAUUAUUUAUAUACAUUUUUUUCACCUUGACACCAAGAGAGACGUUUUUCUUCACCGUCACCCGUCUGUUUUUUCUGUUCCUGUCAGAUCUCUCUCUCUGUUUCUGCUGCUCUGUGUUCAAAUGAAAACCACCUCUAGUCUGAUCUGUUCAUCGGUGAAAAUGACGUGACGUUAAUGUGAUAUUUGAGAGUCACACGCCCCCCCACAGGAGUAAUCUGAGGGGCGUAGGAACGAGGCGUGUGGGAGCGUGAAGUCCGUCUUCAGUGUUUAACUUUCAUGUUUGCCGUGUUUCUGUGUUUCUCUCUCUAGGUGUGUCCAGGUAUGUGGGCGAGGCAGUGAAAACAUUCGGAGGCCACGAUCUGAGGAAGAGGAACACAGUGGGCAUCACGCCGUGGGGAGUGAUUGAAAAUAACAGCGACCUGAUGGGCAGAGAUGUGAGCGCUGAGAUGAUGUUCAUGGAUGAAGGAGACUGAAGUUCUUCUGGUUUGUUUCUCUCUUCUCUGGUUUUAAUUUCUCUCUGUGGGGUUCAGGUGUUCAGGCCCUACCAGCCCGUGGGAAACCCUCUGAGUAAGCGGGCCCGCCUUAACCGUUUCCACUCCCACUUCCUUUUUGUGGAUGACGGGACGCUGUGUAAACAUGGCUGCCAACAAGGCCUCAGGAGGACGCUGGAGAAACAGAUCCAACAGCAGAAGAUCCACCCUCGUGAGUCCUGUACCCACAGAUAUGAGAGGAGGCGGAGGAUUCGAGGGGGUCUGAUGUGCGUUCUUGUUUCUCUGCAGGUCUGAAUCAGGGCGUACCCGUGGUGUGUGUGGUGGUGGAGGGCGGUCCCGCUGUGGUGUCCACGGUCCUGGACUAUGUCAGCAGCGUGCCGCCUGUGCCGGUGUUUGUGUUCGAAGGAUCGGGCCGAGCCGCCGACCUGCUGUCCUUCUUACACAAGCAGACGUCUGGAGACAGGUACACCUAUCACCCCUAAACCACAGCCGCCGACACCCGGGGUCAAAAACACGGGGACAGGUGAAGGAGGGGUGAACUUUAUUAAAACAAUCCCAGCGGUCUCUGAUCACAGGGAGGUCGUGAUGCUGCAGACGCCUGUAACCGCGGAGACAUGACACUCAUUCAUACAGGAAUCAUCGGUGUGUUCAAGGACAGUUAGUUUUUGUAGUUUCAUCGACUCUUCAUGACGGGCUGGAAACUAAAAAAACAAACAUUUACAAUCUGGAGGAAAAACUGUGACUGUCAGCAGGUUUAUUUUGACCUUUUCCACCUCGCUGCUGCGUCAGAUGACUCUAAAAGUGACGGUUUUACUCAUCACUAAUUUAACUGUUUUUACAGACAGCUGGACGCCGACAUCGAGGCGGACUUUCUGGCCCGGAUCGAAGACGUGUUUGGAGUGGCAGAAGAAGAAGCGUCUCGGCUCUUUAAACUCCUCCUGAGGUGUAUGGAGCACAGACAGUCUGUAGGUGGAUCCCUGUUUGAGACUGACUCUGUGGUUAUUAGUGCUCGCACUGACUCCGCCCAUCUGUCUUUGAACAGAUAACCAUCUUUGACUCAGAGUCAGAGGACCAGAUGGCGCCUGACGCCGCCAUCUUGACAGCCACUCUGAAGGGUACGUGGCCUUUUCCCCUCUCGGCGGUGUCACUCGGUUAUUUUCCUGCAGUAAUGAUGUCAUUUCCUGUUGUUAUGGCGCUGAUCAGGCACUAAGGUGAGUCCUGCAGAACAGCUGAGUAUGGCGCUGGCCUGGGACCGCGCCGACAUCGCUCAGAAAGACGUCCUGAUGUUCAGACAGCACUGGCAGGUGAGACCUGAUGAAGACCUGAUUCUUUAUCAUGAAUAAACUUCAAAUCAGUUUAUUGAUCGGUUUAUUGAUCGGUUUUGUGUGCUGUGUGUGUGUGUGUGUGUAGGUGGGCUCUCUGGAGCAGGCCAUGUUGGACGCUCUGGUGAUGGACAGAGUCAGUUUUGUCAAACUGCUGAUCGAUAACGGCAUGACCAUGAAACGCUUCCUGAGCGUGGAUCGCCUGGAGGAGCUCUACAACACGGUAACCCUCAAACACCAGGACCACCAGGAGGAUCAUGGGAGUCGUGAUACUUAAUACCAAUGACUCAGAUCAGGAUGUUUUAUGUGUGAGGGUUACAUCAGACCCAUCAUGUCGAACAGAUUCAUCAGCUGAGCUUUGUAAAGUCGACUCACCGUGUUUGGAGCCGCCGUCCUUCUUCACAACUUUUCUGUUUAAUUAUAAAAAUAAAAACCACUAAAGGAGAGGUUCGUUAUCAUGGUUUAAAAAUAACGUUUUAAAAUUUACCGCUCAGCUCUCCUACAGUCGGAGUGUCUCUGUGAGCGCUCGCUCAGUCCUUUGCGCAGAGAUCUUCUCUCACUCACCUGUAAUUAGACAUAUUUAAGUUUCACUCUCAGGUAAAUUAAAGACACUUCUAUAAGCAAUCAGAACACAAAGAGAGGCAUCCUGCCCCCAUGUGGUCUGUAUAGUAACUGCAGGGUACACUGACUGUGAUAAACAAUUUUAGUCUGAACCAUCAGAUGUAAACAGGACGAUGUUUCGCACUAAUGAACUAAAGAUACAGUAGUUUACUUUUUACGUUUCUGUUUGCAGGAAUAUUUUCUCAAACUCGUCUUUAUUUUUCUGCACCGCUCCUGAAACUGAAUCUUUAGUUUUGAGUCACACAGUAAGAAAGCGUGGCAGUAAUCCUCUGUAAGUGUUUUUCUCUGAUGUUUCCUGGUCAAGUGUGUUCAGGAUUCUCUCCCUGUUGUUGUUUUUAUUCUCCUCUGAGAGUCUCUCCAUCGUCAGUAAACUCAGGCUUGGCUCUCUCUCCACAUCUUCUCUGUUACCUUCUGUGUAUUAAAGCCUGUUUACUAAUUCAUCAGUCUGGGAUAAGAAGUCCCUCAAAGAAACCAGAUCAGUUACUGUAAAAGUCUUUUCUCUGUUUGUUUCUGUUCUUGAAAGUUAAAACGCAGAUCUCUCUCCACAGUCACAGGGGCAGACUGACCGCUUCCUCCACCACCUCGUUGAAGAUGCCAAACAGGUGAGAGGACAGCAUGUGGACACCUGAGAGGACGGUGAAGACGGACCCUGACAUCAGUGUUAAUUUGGUUUCGUGUGUCCUCGCAGACCUCUCUUCCUUUAGGUUAUCGUCUCUCUCUGAUCGACAUGGGUUUGGUGAUCGAGUACCUGAUAGGAGGAGCGUAUCGAAGCACCUACACCAGGAAACAGUUCCGAGCGGCCUACAGCUUCCUGCAGGACAAAGUCAGCCCCAGAGUUUGUGUAUUUGAUCUGUUUAGAUCUGAGAAGAGGGUCUACAUGUCUGUGUCUGUGUUUCAGGAGGGCAGACGGGACAGCUCGUCCUCGCAGAGGAGAGCGUUCAUCCUGAACUCCAACAUGAGCAGGAGCGUCCAGGACCUGCACUUCUUCAGGACGGCUCAGCCCCACAAACCCAAGGACCGGGACGGUCCCCCUCAGAGCGGUCCAGAGAUCUCGUCGAGCCCCCGCCCCGCUGACCCUCCUCUCUUAGCUCCCUUUAACUUCAACGACCUUUUCGUGUGGGCUGUACUGCAGCAGCGUCAGCAGAUGGCGCUGUUUCUCUGGCAGCAUGGCGAGGAGGCUCUCGCCCGGGCCACCGUGGCCUGUCAGCUGUACCGCUCCAUGGCGUUUGAGGCGCGGCAGAGCAGCAUGGAUGACAACAUCGCAGAGCGGCUGAAGACGUUCUCGCUGUGAGUGUAAAUGUGUCUCUUUAUAUUUGAUGGAGGCUUAAAUCCAAGACUUCAUCAGCGGUUCUGGUUCUGGUUCUGGUUUGUAUCUGAACCUUUUAAUCUGGUUCGGCCCGUCUGUCCGACCGCACUCUUCCCCUCCUGUCUCAGAGAGUUUGGUCAGCUGGCGGUGGAUGUGUUGGACUGUGCGUUUCGUCAGAACGAACAGAUGGCCAUGAAGCUGCUGACUUCAGAGAUGGAGGCGUGGAGUCACUUCACCUGUCUGCAGAUGGCCGUCUCCUCGUGUCACAGACCGUUUGUCUCACACUCCUGCACACAGACACUCCUCACAGAUCUCUGGACCGGACCGCUCAACAUGAGGAAGAACUCCUGCGUGAAGGUGAGCUUCGAAACCCUGAAGAGACCUGAGAUCUUUAAAACAGUCCGAGAGUGAAGACAAGGACCCAGAUGAGGUUAAAGUUCAAGUCUGAGUUUACGACGCUUUUGUUGUUUCUUCUUCUUCUUCAGAUCAUUUUGAGUCUUUUUUGUCCUCCCGCCGUUUUGCUGCUGGAGUUUAAGAGCAAAGCUGAAAUGUGUCACGUACCUCAAUCCCAGGAGGCCAUGCUGUUCGGACUGGACUCUGUGAACCCUGGACCAGAACACGAGGGGACAGAUCCCACGGUAAAGCUCAAAGGGUUAAACGUUCACUUCGUAAACUGAAGAAGAUUUUAAGUUCAGAGGUUUUCAACACUUUUGAAUUCUUUGGUUUAUGAGUCGGACUGAAAAUGGAAACACAAAAAGACGGACAAUGACAUCUGAAAAUACAACUCCUCUCCUCUCCUUUUUUCUUUCCUCUCCUCUUUCCUUUCCUCUCCUCUCCUCUCCUCUCCUCUCCUCUCCUCUCUUCUCCUCCUCUUUUCUUUCCUCUCCUCUCUCCUCUCCUCCUCUCCUCUCCUCUCCUCUCCUCUUUUCUUUCCUCUCCUCUCCUCUCCUCUUCUCUCCUCUCCUCUCCUCUCCUCUCCUCCUCUCCUCUCUCCUCUUCUCUCCUCUCCUCUCUCCUCUCCUCUCCUCUCCUCUCCUCCUCUCCUCUCUCCUCUUCUCUCCUCUCCUCCUCUCCUCUCUCCUCUUCUCUCCUCUCUCUCCUCUCCUCUCCUCCUCUCCUCUCCUCUCCUCUUUUCUUUCCUCUCCUCUCUCCUCUUCUCUCCUCUCCCUCCUCUAUCCUCUCUCCUCCUCUCCUCUCCUCUCCUCUCCUCUCCUCUCCUCUCUCCUCUCCUCUCCUCCUCUUCUCUCCUCUCCUCUCCUCUUUUCUUUCCUCUCCUCUCCUCUCCUCUCCUCUCAGGGCGGUCAGGAUGCAGAGUUAGGCCCCUCCCCCCCUGACCGCCGUCUCGGUCCCGUGUCAGAAACAGUUUCCUCGAUGACCCUGCAGUUCUUGUCCUGGAUCAGGAUGGUCUAUGAGUUCUACAGAGCUCCUGUGGUCAAGUUCUGGUUUCACACGGUACGUGGUCAUCAUGGAGCUGAAACAGGAAACGCAUCAUCACCAGUAAACCUCUCUAAACUGUGUGUGAUAUCCCAUGACUUCACCUUCUCUUCAUCCUCAGAUCUCCUACCUGGCCUUCCUGAUGUUGUUCUCCUACGUGGUCCUGGUGAAGAUGGGGGAUCAGCCCAGCGUCCAGGAGUGGCUGGUUAUCGCCUACAUCGUAUCGAUGGCGGUGGAGAAAACCAGAGAGGUGAGGAACACGAGGAACAUUAAAAUGAAGAUGAUGAUGAUGAUGAGCUGAAGAAGACCUGAUUCAAAUCUAAACCUCUGGACCAGGUUCUGAUGUCUGAGCCCAGGAAGCUGAGCCAGAAGCUGAAGAUCUGGUUCUCGGAGUACUGGAACAUUUCAGAUUUCAUCGCCAUCCUCCUCUUCCUCGCGGGGCUGGUGAUGCGUCUGUCAGCGGAGCCGUACCGGACGGCGGGCCGCAUCAGUUACUGUCUGGACAUCAUCUUCUGGUUCGUCAGGGUGAUGGACCUGCUGGCUGUGAACCAACACGCCGGUCCCUACCUGACCAUGAUCACCAAGAUGGUGGGUGGAGCUAAGUCAGGGAUACAUCAAGAGGGCAAAAGUCAUCUGGACUCACCCCUCUCUCUCUCUCUCUCUCUGUUCAGACCAGGAACAUGUUCUUCAUCGUGGUGAUGAUGGCGAUCGUGCUGCUGAGCUUCGGGGUGUCCAGGAAGUCCAUUCUGUCUCCUGACGAGGAGCCGUCCUGGAGUUUAGCCCGGGACGUGGUCUUCCAGCCCUACUGGAUGAUCUACGGAGAGGUGUACGCGGCGGAGAUCGAGGGUCAGUGUUUCAGGACUGUAGACCCUGAACCCUGAACUGAGAAACUGCAGGGAGAACCAGGACUCAAACUGGGCUACGGUUUUGGGUCUGAGUCUCUAAAGCAGCUGAAUUAGUUUCUGAGCAGGUUCUCCAUCAGUUUCUGGUUAAAGGGGCGGAGCUGACCGUCAUCCACUGAGGCUAAAAUGCUCUUUUAAAUAUCCCUUUAAAUCCUCUUCCCGUGAAAAUGAAGAGAUGAGAAUCAAAUUAGAUGACAGAGAAUUGUUUUUUAUUUACAGUUGAUUUAAGACACGGGUCAAACCGACCCCUAACAUGGUAAAAGCGAACACAGGAGGAAGGUUAAGACCGAUCAGAUUUCCUCUCAGUGAGUCUCUGUCAGUCGUCUUUUACCAACGAUGGUUUCCUGUUUCUGCUGCAGCUUGUAAAGAAGAUCAGCCAUGUCCUCCCGCCGCCUUCCUCACCCCGUUCCUCCAGGCCGUCUACCUGUUCUUCCAGUACAUCAUCAUGGUCAACAUCCUCAUCGCCUUUUUUAAGUGAGUGAAUCUUGAACGUUUGUGUCGGAGGAGGAGGAAGAUUUGAUCCUAAUAAACCCAAACUGUGUCUUCUUGGUGUCAGCAACAUCUACUUUGACAUGGAGUCAAGAUCCAGUAAACUGUGGAAGUACAACCGUUACCGCUACAUCAUGACCUACCAGCAAAGGUCGUGGCUGCCCCCGCCUCUCACCCUCCUCAGUCACAUGACCCUGGGACUGAGAGCCAUCUACAGGAGAUGUAGGGGAGACUCUGAGCAGGGGGGGACGGGCUCUGGGCUCAGUGAGUGUUGAUAGAAAAGUAGUUCAUCGGCUGUCUGGGCACAGGUACGAGUUCAUGUCCUCACCUGUCUCACCUGGUGUUUCCAGAGCUCCUGCUGGGUCACGAAGGUCGUAAGAAGCUCCAUGAGUUUGAGGAGAAGUGUGUCCAGGCCUACUUUCUGGAGAGGAGCGAAGAUCUGAACAGCAGCCAGGCGAAGAGGAUCAGAGCCACAGCUGAGAGGUUAGUUUGACAACGCCGAGAUUUUUACGAAGACGAAUUUACAAUUUACACUUUACAAUUUACACUUUACACUGCAGUUAAAAAACUGUUUUUACUCUCAAUAACACUCAUGAUUAACUGUGGGUUAACUCGUGGCUAACUCCUGGUUAAGUCAUGUUAACUUCAGGUUUACUUGUAGUUAACUCCUGGUUAGGUCAUGGUGAACUACCAGUUAAGUCAUGGUUAUUUACAGAUUAACUCAAGGUUGACUCCUGCUUAAGUCAUGGUUAACGUCAGGUUAACUUGUGGUUAAGUUCAGGUUAAGUCAUGUUAACUCAUGGUACACUCUGGUUAACUCAAGGUUGACUCCUGGUUAAGUCAUGGUUAACUAUGGUUAAUAAGUGGUUAAGUAUUGGUUAAGUAAUGGUUAACUUUGUUAAACUCUGGUCAACUCCUGGUUUAGUCAUGGUUAACUCGAGGUUAACUUGUGGUUAAGUUAAGGUUAACUCCUGGUUAAGUUAAGGUUAACUCCAGGUUAACUUGUGGUUAACUUUGUUUAACUCUGGUUUAUUCCUGGUUUACUCCAGGUUAACUCUGGUUUACUCGUGGUUAACACUUGGUAACUCUAGGUUAACUCCAGGUUAAGUCCCGGUUAACUCCAGGUUAGGUCAUGGCUAAUAUCAAGUUAACUCAAGGUUGACUCCUUGUUAACUCAAGGUUGACUUUAUUUAACUCCUGGUUAUCUCCAGGUUAACUCUGGUUUACUCGUGGUUGACGCUUGGUUAACUCCAGGUUAAGUCCAGAUUAAGUCCAGGUUAACUCCUGGUUAACUCUGGUUUACUCGUGGUUAAGACUUGUUAACUCCAGGUUAACUCCAAGUUAAGUCCAGGUUAAGUCCCGGUUAACUCGUGGGUCCAUGUUUUCUCCCCUCAGAGCAGAGGAGAUGGUCUCGGUGGUCGGCGAGGUCUCAGAGAAGGUCAUCUGUGUUCAGGACAGUCUGACGGAGCUGGACUCUCAGCUGGGUCGUCUCCAGGACUUGUCGGUUCUGGCCGUGGACACUCUGAACCUGCUCUCCGCCUCAGACAGCCUUCACCAGGAGGAGGUGCGCCUGGCUAAGUGUGGAUCCGUCACGGCGUCGCAGUCCCGUAAGAGUACUCCGCCAUCUUUACUGAAGGCGUUUUCUGUGGCGGGGAGCCGGCUGGCGUCUCAGGAGAGUCACUUCAGAGGAAGUCGGAGUAAAGGACCUUCAGAGGAAGGAGAGGAGGGAGGAGCAAAGAAGGUACCUGAGACUUAACAGAGUCUCCAUAUUUGGUCAUUUCCUCCCUCCAGUCUUUGAUUCUCUCGUUUUUCUCUCCAGUGGACUCCUGCUGAACAUCUCUCUGAGAGUUGGCACUGUGGCUCCAAACCUUCAUCCCAGACCCCCACCUCUCACUUUCAUGGAGGCGGGGGUCUUCUCGGUGGUUUCAGGGGUCAGAGUUCCUGUGAGUCCUGUGGACCGUCCCGCUCAGGUUCUCCUUUUCCUCCCAGAGGUUUGGAGUCUCCUCAUCAUAAACUCUGGACGUGUGACCCGUACCUGUACCCCAAUCAGGAGGAAACCUCCAUGGAAGAGGAGGAGGAAGAGGAGGAGGAUGAAGAUGGGGAAGAGGAGAACGAGGGUCAGAAACAUCCGUCUGAAAGCCAAAGAUCCAGAACCUCCAGCAGAGCCCCCCUGCUGUCAGACCCUCAGGACGUCUCUGAGGGUCUGGUGAACCCCGCCUUUUCUCAGGAUGAUCUGUCCAAUUCUCAGUCCAGAACCAUCAAGUCUUCGAGGCGGGCGAUUGUGUCCAGAGAGCGUCCCUACGGCUACUGCAGGUCCCUGUCGUCCAGCGUGGAGAACAUGACCUUCUCUGGAGCUCCUCACGCUGACAUGAACAGAGGAGGUUCACCUGGAGAUCAGACCUUCAAGGAGGGAACACUGAGACGCUGCAGCAGGAGCCGAGGUAAGUGAAGCAGACCCUGAGGAACAUCUCGUGGUCGGAGUGUUUGCUCUUCAUCAGCUGUUUCUGUUUCUUCAGAGUUGUCCAGGUCCUCAGACUUCACUCAGGCCGACUGCAGAGAGAAAAUCCAGAACAAGAAGACCGUGAAGAUCCAAGAGAGCAGCCCAGACUCUGUAGAUAAGAACAAGAAUCACUUUAUUUAAUCUGUUUAAUCUGAGCUCCACAUUUACUGACGGUUUCCUCUCCUUCCUCACCUGUGAUGGACACAGGUGACCCUGCAGAAACACCUGUCUGAUGUUUGCUGGAGGAGACUGAAGAGACAAAGAGGAGAACCAGCGUGUUGGUCGGCUUCGACCAGCCUCAGUCAGCUCAGUGAGGACCUCCUGUUACAGCAGGAACGCACCCUGAGUCACUGAAUUAGAUUAAAUUAUAUCGAUUAUAAAUCAUUAUAUUAUAUCAUGAAACAGGAUUUGUUUUAAUCAAAAAUCUAAGUUUUAUUUCUGUUUCAGACGUUGAACCAGCGGAUCUUCUGCAGAAACAAACGUUCACUCAUCAGGUCAGUCAGUUCAGAGACGCUCUCGAGUUACAACACGACUGUUUUUCACUGCACCAAUGAUCAUGUGUAAGGCUGUAGAGACUGUUCAGAUAUUGACUUUAACUUUUUACUCUAGUUUCUAGUUUUCAUGUUCACUGAUGAUCGAGGAAAUCAUCUCAAAAACGAUUUUAAAACAAACGUCUCAGAUUUUUAGCGUCAUUUUCCCCCAAAUUUAAAUCAGAUUCAGAGACGAUUUAACAAACUUUAACACCGAAGUUAUUUUAGAUUUUUUAUCAUCAGCAGGAUUAUCUAAAACUUCUGUUGAUAUAAAGUCUUCACAGUUUUAUUUGGACCCUGUUCCUCCAAAACUCUGACACUGUCUCUUUAGUUUUCAUCUACUGCUCUCUGUUUUGAAGUUACCCUGAAAAUCAAGAAGGAGGACUCUUGUGAAAAUAGACCCUGAUUUUAAGGGUGAGGGUCUAACGUGUGUCUGAUCUGUGUCCUCAGGAUUUGAGGAGCCCCCCUCACUCAGUCUGGAACAGUUUGGCUAAAUCAGGGAGCCUCAGGUCUUCGUAAGUCCGCUCUCCGUCUGUUCUGCUGUGGUUAAAGUGAACGUUGAAACUCUCUCAGACUCGAACCUUCAGACUCUUCAUCUUCUUCUUCUUUGUUUCUGUCCUAGUUUACAGAGUGGACCUGCUCCUGAAGGUGAUUCUGAACAUCUAGAAUAAAACCUCAUAUUUCAGAUUGAAACAGUGAUAAUAAAGAUAUUAUUAAAUAUUAUUAAAUAUGUUAAUUUAAAUGUUAUUUUUGUGUUUUCCUCCCUGCAGUGAAGAGCCCUUCGUUUCAGUCCUCAGACUCUCUCUAUCCUCAUUAUUCAGGUAUGAAGAUGUUUGUAGGAGUUCGAUUGUUGUCCAUGAGAAGUUCUCGCUCUCUCACUUCAGUCUCUGCUCUUCGUUUUUUUGCUUCACAGCCAUGGAGAGGAACAACCUGAUGAGACUGGCCUUCGACAUCCCCUUCACGCCGGUCUCUGCUCUGGGUAACUCUGACGUCUCUGUCUUUGAUUUCUGCUCCUUAAAUCUCAUGUCUCUCUCUCUCUCUCUCUCUCUUCUUUCUCUCUCUCUCUCUCUCUCUCUCACUCUCUCUCUCUCUCUUCUUUCUCGCUCUGAUCUCCUCUCUCUUUUGUUCUUCAGGAGGUGAAGAGGUGAGCGUCUACUCCCUGGUGGAGGUCCCCUCUGAGUCCAGCACCGUCUCGUCCUGGUCUUCUCAGGGUCUGUCUGCUUGGCUGCAGCCCCUCUCCAGUGAGGAGGGCUCUCUGGACGGGGGUCUGAGGCAGGGCUGCAGGGUCCUGUGUACCUGGGCGGAGCAGGAAGUCCUCAGACCCAGUCUGGUCUACGUGGUCAAAGCCUUCAGGCCGGAGGUGGUGCGAGCCUGGCAGAGGUACUUCCAUGGUAGUACGGCUCUGCAGCUUUGUUUGAGAGUGAGUGGACCUUCACGGAGAACAUGAACCUGUUAGAUUAGACCUGGACCAGGUCUGAACUCAUGGUCUUUAAAACCUCUGCAGGAGAUCCAGCAGCAGAGAGCGGCGCAGAAGAUGAUGGAAGUCUUCAACCAGGUCAAACCCGAGGAGCUGCACCAUUCUCCCAGGUCUGCGUGUGUGUGUGUGUGUGUGUGUGUGUGUGUCUUUAGAACUUUAACGAGUGUUUGUCAGGGGUUUAUCUCUGUGAGUAUUUGAAGAGGAAACUUGAAGAAGGUGUAAAGUUUUUUAUUUUUUACAAAUAUUUUUAAAUUUUUAAUCAUCUUUAUCUUUAUUUUUUUUUACAGACAUUUUAAUUUUUAAUCAUCUUUAUUUUAUUUUAUUUUUUUUUACAGACAUUUUAAUUUUUAAUCAUUUUUAUUUUUAUUUUUUUCUACAGACAUUUUAAUUUUUAAUCAUUUUUAAUUUAAUUUUUUUUACAGACAUUUUAAUUUGUAAUCAUCUUUAUUUUUAUUUUUAUAUUUUUUACAGACAUUUUAAUUUUUAAUCAUUUUUAUUUUAAUUUUUUUUACAUCUUUAUUUUUAUUCUUAUAUUUUUUACAGACAUUUUAAUUUUUAAUCAUUUUUAUUUUUUUUACAGACAUUUAAAUUUUUAAUCAUAUUUAUUUUUAUUUUUAUUUUUCAUUUUUUUACAGACAUUUUAAUUUUUAAUCAUUUUUAUUUUUAUUUGUUGUUGCUCGUUGCUUCGCUGACGCCCCUCUUUGACUUUAGCGGUGUUUUAUAUUUACUCGUCCAUCGUCUAAAGAACCGUCCCUCUCUGGAUCUGUGGAGCUCUGAGGUUCAUUUCUUAUCGCCGCUCUCUGUUCGCUUCAGCUGGCUGCUCUGGAUUGUCUACAUGCAGACUGAGGGUGAAUCCAUGUCUGUUUGACCUUUAAUGACCCCUCAAGUCCAGAGUGCUUUGUCCUGCAGGUCCGACAGGCUUCCUGGCCUCAGCAGAGUUGAUGCAUGAUGCAUGAAGAACCAGAUUUACUUUAAAGAGACAAAACUUUCACUAUUAAACUAUUAAAGCUAAGAAAAUCAGUUUUUCAACUCUGACUAAAUGAACCAACCACCGAUGGACUUUUAAUGAUCGUUAUUAUCAAAUAUGAUCAAUAUCUGUAUCAUUUCAGUAUCUCUCUUUUUGUCUUUUAAAGGUUCCUCGAUGUCUCCCUCGUCCUCUGGCACUCAAACGGACAGUGGUUAACCAUCGAGAGGAACAUGACGGGCGACUUCAGGAAGUAUAACAACAACACAGGAGAAGAGAUCGCCCCCUGCUGCUCACUGGAGGAAAUGCUGCUGGCGUUCUCUCACUGGACGUUCGAGUACUCGUGUAGAGAGCUGCUGGUGUUGGACAUACAGGGUCAGUGUGUGUGUGUGUGUGUGUGUGUCUGUGUGCGGUUUGUUUCAGUCCUUUUUGUGUAACCACGUGUUUGUCUGUUUGUCUCCUCAGGAGUUGGAGAGGAGCUGACUGAUCCGACAGUCAUCAUGGCCGACGAUCGAAGGUAAGACAACAUAAAUCUGUAAAUCUACACUCCGAUUAUGACCGCAGGAUUUUUAAUGAUGGAUUUUCUCUCAUGUCUGAAUUUUUAACAUUUCUCUAAAUAAAAAUAAAAAUAAAUUAAAAAUAAAAAAGACUAAAAGACUAAAACAGAAGAUCUAAUCCGGGACUCUAAAACUGGAAUAAAAGCAGCAUCUAGAGGAUCUACAUCUGUUUUUAACAGUGGAGCUCUUUGUCACGUGUGUUUAUGAGUAAAUUACAAAUGAAGUUAUUAUUAUUAUUCAGACUGUUCUGAUGAGACCUGGUUCUGGUUCUGGUUCUGGUUCUGUUUCAGUGGCGGCAGAGGAGAGAUGCUCUUCGGUCCCGAUAACCUCGGAGACGCUGCCGUCAACGGAUUCCUGCAGAAACACUCCUGUGGGACCUGCUGCCGCAAACUGGGGCUUACAGGUCAGACACGUGUGUGUGUGUGUGUGUGUGUGUGUGUGUGUGUGUGUGAGAGAGAGUUAAAUAAAAACAUUUAAAUCAGACUUUUGUCUUCAACAACAUGAGUCUGUCUUUAAUCCUCGUGUACAGAUUUGUGUGUUUCUUUCACUUCACGUGCGUGUGUGCGUCUGUGUGUGUGUGUGUGUGUGUGUGUGUCACCUCUGUGUCGUCACUCAGGAGGCCGCUCUUGGCUCCGAGAUAAAUCCCCGACAACUUCAAAUGAAGACAGCACACACCAGCAGCAGGCUAAUUAAGCGGCGGCGUCGGUUUAUUUCUCGAACAACAGUGGCGUUUGAGGCGUGGGGGUGGGCCCUGCUUUGUGCGUUGUGCUCCGCGGCCUUUGAUUACGUAUUAAUCAUGUCUUUGUGCUGGCGAUGUGCUGCUGAGACAUUAGCUUUGAUUAGCUAUUAAUUAACGUCUCUGGGUAGGCACGAUACCGGCAUCUAGAGGAUAACUGCUCGGAAAGAAACUGUGCUGGAAAACAAACAAGCCGGGCAAACAAACAAACACACACACACACACAAACACACACCCAUACAAACAAACACACACACAACAGACACACACACACACACUUGUUUUGAGAUUUCAAAGGUGCGUUGUGUUUCCUCUUCCUCCUCUUCUUGUGUCCUCUCCAAGAUUUCUCCAACAAAUCAAACCAAAUUAUUCAUGCGGGAUGUGCGGACUUCCUCCCAGGCCUGUCAGGAUUCUCUUUCUUGUGGUAAUGACUGUGUUAGCGCAGCGACAGAUCGCUAACCGAUGUUUCUGUUGUUCAGAUUUAAGGAAGCGUCCGGACAGCUGCGGGGCAGAGCCGCCGUCAGGGAGAAAGGAAACAGAAGAAGAAGAAGAAGGAGGAGGAGGAGGAGGAGGAGAGGAUAAAACCCGGAUGUAACCUUUGACCCAGGGAGUAGGGUCAGAGACACAUGCACUUUGACCUGCACGUGCACAGAAACACUAUGACAGGUGUCGUCUGGAAACAGGUGAAAAGGUCGAACUGAUACUGAGCCGUCUGUGACCGGACUCAGAGGUUUAUGAUGUAGGUUUGAAGAAUAAAACUAAAACAUGCUCUUAUUUUGAAAAGACAGGAAGUAUUAUUAUUAAUAAUAUUAACAUGUUAAAAAGUUCAGUUAUUGAAUCAUAUGCAUGCUUUUAUUUGUUCAUAUUUAAUAUUGAGUUUAUUUUCAUAAAGAGACUCUUUAACGUGUUUAUUUUUGAUAAAUGUACCAAAGAUGAUUUUUUUAUAAAUUAAUUCAAACAUUAAAAAUCAGAAACACACACCGACAUGCACCCAUAAAAUUUCAUUUAUUUUUUUUCUUCUUCCCACAACAAAAUGUCUACAAAAGCGAUAAAAUAUAGAAUUUAACAAAAAUCACUUCAGACCUUCACAUUGUAUGUACAUCUGAAAGGAGGACUCAGUCAGGGCCCUGCACGCCUCUGAACUUUGACCCCUCUGAUCAAUCACAGGUUAAUGCAAAUGUAUGGACGCACACACACACACACACACUCUCACACACACGUAUGAAAAUGGAAAACCUGCAGAGCUCGUGGAGUUUUAGUGGAGUCUGAGUUCAGAGUCCUGCAGCGUCCUCUCUAACCCACUAAAAUCAUCAUUAAUGUAAAUGUGUUUUUUUGUGGCUGUGAUCGUCAAACACACAGUUUUCUUGGAGUUCCCUGUUCUGAUUGGUUCUCUGACAGUAAACUCACAGUAAAGCGUCUACGCCCCGCUCUGCCCGUCCUCUCCUCUCUGACUAUGGCACUUUGAAAACAACAAAAGAAAGUCGGGUUCUGUUUGGUGUUAUCGUGUUCUUCUCAUAGACUGUAUUUACUCUGGACGACUUGGUUCCGCCUCCCGCCAGUUUACGGAUUUGAAGCCAAAAAUUUCUCAGUAUUUCUGCGUUUUUUCUCCAUUUCUCUGUCCUCCAAUAGGCUGUACCAGGUGUCAAUCAUAGAAAACAUGAACCCCCUAAUAACUUUUAAAAAUGGAGCUGUACAGAAAAAAGAGGACUUGAGCACAAACCAGUCUGACAGUAACUACAUGUCAACAUCACAACCAGGGGGGAGAAACAUUUAUAUUCUGUGUCAUUCAUUUAUAAAGUUUGUCCACAGCUCCAUAAGGAGGCGGGGUUUAUGACCUAUACUGCAGCCCGUCACCAGAGGGCGCUGUUCUCAGAGCGAGGAGGCAGACGACGUCCAUUCUAGAUACAGUCUAUGGUUUUGUCUGGUCGGUCAUGUGACUCAGAGGAUCUGCAGCUCGCGCUCCUCUCAGGUUUUCGGCUGCAGAUCUGCUACAUUUAGUUUUAUUUGCUCUUGUCGGGACGCAAAGACAUUCGAAACAAUAAAUUAACCGUUUUCAACACGACUCCAAUUGCACGUAUGUGUAAUGUAUCGAGAGAGUUUACAGAGCGUUGGCGGCGCGGACGCCUCACUCUCUCGCUCUCUCUCUCUCUCUCUUUCACUCGUUCACACUCACGCAGGUGUUCUCAGGAAAUGGAGGUUUCGGGUCGGCGUGUCAGAAAUGUGAUUCAAACCAACUUUAUUAAAAACGUUUGCGCAAUUUCUUCGGACCGACACGUGUUCGGACGGCCCGUGUGAGUCUGCGAUGAUGGAGCGGUAAAGGCGUAUGAUGCGUUCAGGCUACUCCAUAAACAUUCAGAAAAGAUGACCCCGCCCCCCCACCUCCAGGUCGCAGGUUAAGGGUCUCUGAUCUGGUUCAGUAAGGCCGGUUCACUGACUGGUUAAACCAACUCACACAUUCAAAGAUUGAGAGAAAAAAAAAAAAGAACAUUUCAGAUCAAAUGUUAAAACUUUUGUUUGUAUAAAUAAGAGCAUUUAUUUAAAAAUCCUUUCAGCUUCAGUGGAAAAAAAAAAAAAAAAAACUGACGGAUGGAGGUGGAGUUUUCCCUGAACCCACCCUGCCAACGCCCCCCGCCCCGCCCCGCCCAGGCCCCUCCCACCAAACUCCCAAUAUCAUCAUGAGAAGAGAAAACACAAAGAAGCCCCUCCCACCCCCCCGUGUUUCAUCGCAAUGAAACGUUCAUGCAAAUAGAACAGAACAACAAUAGGCUAAGAGAGUAAUAGAAGAAUAGUAGUCAUAAUAAGAACAAUAAUAAUAAUAAUAAUAAUAAUAGUAAAUAGUAAUAAAAUAAAAAAUAAUCUUACAAUGCAAACAUGACAGUAGUAAAUGCCUCCAGUUCUUAUUGCUACAGUUUCUUACUUACAGUGUUGCGUUUCUUUUUCUUUCUUUCUUUCUUUCUUUCUUUCUUUCUUUCUUUCUUUUCUUUUUGUCCUUCCAGCACACCCC